AACUCUCAGGAGCUGCCCAACACAACUCCCACAAAGAAUCCCAACUCGCCAACGCCGCCAGCCCACCUUUCCUGUCUUCCCUCAACUGCAACAAUUUACAAUUCCCACUUCAAUUUCUGCCCUUUUCUGCUGAAGAAUUGUAUACAUUCUCUGAAAAAGCUCCGAUUUUCAUUCCUUGGAAGCCAAGUAAGCAUUCGAUCCGCUGCCUUUCUGCUCGAUUCACUGCUUGAUUUCCUCGAAUUCUUUUGCUAUUCGGCAACUGCGCACCGGUAUCAAUGCAAUCCGCGUAAAUCGCGCAGUAAAUCACUUGUAUGCAGUGGGAGGCGGAGCGACUGGAGCAUGGACCCGUUCGGGGAGCUGGGAGUGGACCUCUCGCCGUCGGAGCUCCGGGAAACGGCGUACGAGAUUCUGGUCGGAGCCUGCCGGGCGACCGGCUCCGGAAGGCGCCUCACUUACGUGUCUAGUUCGAAUCGGUCUCAGAAGGCAUCGCACUCGCCGUCGAUGCACAAAUCGUUGACGAAUUCGGCGGCGAGCAAGGUUAAGAAGGCGCUGGGGCUCAAACCGCGUCGAAAGAAGAGCGAGGAGAACGGGUCGGGCGAUCCGGCGAGCGAGGGUCCGGAGAGGAAGACGGGUGGGGCUUCGGUUGGGGAGCUGAUGCGGGUUCAGAUGAGGAUUUCGGAGCAGACCGAUUCCAGGAUCCGUCGCGGCUUGCUCAGAUUGGCUGCUGGUCAGCUUGGGAGACGAAUUGAGUCGAUGGUUCUACCGUUAGAGCUACUGCAACAGUUAAGAUCCUCGGAUUUUACUAGUCAACAAGAAUGUGAAGCAUGGCAGAGGAAGACCUUGAAAGUUCUUGAAUCUGGACUUCUGGUCCACCCGUACCUGCCUCUGGAUAAGUCCCAAAUGGCCCCUCAACGCCUUCUUCAGAUUCUACAUUCAGCAUCAGAGAAGUCCAUAGAUACUGGAAAGCACAGCGAAUCAAUGCAUAUUCUCCGCAGCGUUGUAACGUCUCUUGCUUGCAGAUCGUUUGAUGGUUCUUCUUCCGAUGUAUGCCACUGGGCUGAUGGAGUACCGCUAAAUCUUCAUCUUUAUAAGAUACUUUUGGAAGCUUGCUUUGAUGUAAAUGAUGAAGCAUCUGUUGUCGAAGAAGUUGACGAGAUUCUAGAGCAAAUAAAGAAGACUUGGGUUAUGCUUGGGAUAAACAAGGAGUUUCAUAAUCUUUCUUUUAUGUGGGUUUUGUUUCAUCAGUACGUUGCCACUGGUGAAAUUGAAGAUGACCUUCUUUCGGCCAUUGAUAUUAUGAUGUUGGAAGUAGAAAAGGAUGCGGACUCGACUCAUGAUCCAGCAUACUCUAAGAUCUUAAAUUCCACAUUAAGGAUCAUGUUAGAUUGGGCCGAGAAAAGGCUUCAUCGGUACCAUGAUACUUUUUAUAGGGGUACCAUAGAGGUAAUGCAACAUGUUUUGUCACUUGGGAUUACGGCUACCAAAUUAUUGUUAAGCAAAUCUCACGACAAUGGUAAGAAGAGGAAUGAAAUCAGUGUGGCACAUAGCAGGGUUGAAGCUUAUAUACGAUCGUCAGUGCGCAGCGCUUAUUCGCAGGAAAGAGAGAAGGUCUUCUCAAGCAGAAAGUCUUCUAUGAAUCAGCCGAGUCCUCUCCCACUCCUUUCCAUCCUGGCACAAAAUCUGUCUGAUAUGGCAUUCAAUGAGAAGGAAAUAUACAGUCCUGUAUUGAAAAGAUGGCACCCUCUUGCUACCGGGGUUGCUGCAGCUACUCUUCAUACUUGCUAUGCUAAUGAACUGAAAAAAUUUGUAUCUGGAAUAAAUGAGUUGACUCCAGAAGCUAUUCAAGUGUUGUUAGCUGCUGAAAAACUCGAGAAACAUCUGGUGGAAAUGGCUGUUGCAGAUUCAGUCGAUAGUGAAGAUGGUGGGAAAGCUAUAAUUCAGGAGAUGGCUCCUUACGAAGCUGAGGCUGUGAUCAGUAAACUCGUCAAAUCCUGGAUCAGAACAAGGAUUGAGAGGCUCGGGGAAUGGGUUGAAAGGAAUUUGCAGCAAGAGGACUGGAAUCCUCAAGUGAACAAGGGGCGUUUUGCGCCCUCUGCUGUGGAAGUUCUACGAAUUAUGGACGAGACAUUGGAGGCAUUCUUUUUGUUGCCAAUACCAAUGCAUCCAGUUUUGCUUCCCGAGCUGCUGAAUGGUUUGGACAAAUGCCUUCAGAACUAUAUCACCAAGACAAUAUCUAGCUGCGGAUCUCCAAGUUCCUUCCUUCCACCACUGCCAGGUCUAACGAGAUGCAGGACCGGCUCAAAAUUCAGUGCAUUCAAGAGGAAAGACCGGUUGCAUAUGAUUCCCGGUAGAAAAUCCCACGUCAUUGUUGACGAGGAUGAUUCUUUAAGUGUUCCCCGGCUAUGUCUCCGCAUCAACACCUUAUACAACAUCCGAAAAGACGUGGAAGCUCUAGAAAUGAGAACAAUCUCUAACUUGAAGAACUGUGGCUUCACCCAUGACGAAAAUAUCGUAAACCGGAACUUUGGGAUAUCGGCACCUUCCUGCUUGGAAGGGAUCCGGCUACUCUCCGAGGCGACCGCAUACAAGAUCGUGUUUCAUGAUCUGAGGCAUGUUCUUCUGGAUUACCUCUACCUUGGGGAUGUUUCUUCUUCCCGAAUCGAACCUUUUCUCCAGGAGCUGGAGCGAAAUCUGGAAGUAAUAUCUGUAACAGUUCACGACAGAGUCAGGACCCGCGUGAUCACCGAUGUAAUGAAAGCUUCUUUCGAAGGUUUCUUGUUUGUUUUGCUUGCCGGUGGCCGUGCCUUUACGCUGCAAGAUGCUCUGAUAGUUGAGGAGGAUUUUAAGUUUCUUACCGACCUUUUUUGGUCUAAUGGUGAUGGUUUACCGGCUGAGUUGAUCGGCAAUUUAUCGACCACUGCGAAGGGUGUUAUUGCUCUUUUACAAACCGGGACUGAGGAACUCAUUGAUCAGCUCAGACAUGCGGCUCCAAAUAGCAAUGGAGCUUCUACAAGAUCAAAACUUCCCUUGCCUCCAACAACAUGUGAGUGGAGUGCAACUGAUCCCGACACUAUUUUACGCAUUUUGUGCUGUCGUAAUGACAAGGUGGCGACAAAGUUUUUGAAGAAAGCCUAUGACUUACCCAAGAGAAGCUAACCGGGAUUCACUUAUUACUGGAUUUCUUAAAUUUUGUCGAUUUUGGGACUUCGAAGUUUUUCUAUAAGUGCUACUAAUGAGUUGGGAGCGAAGAACUAAUUGAUCGAAUCAGCGUGGAUCGACCGAGGGACGCUUCGACGGCGAAAUAAUGGUAAAUAUGCAUACUAUCCAUGGUUUGGCUGACUUCUUUCUUUCUGUUCUUGUGUAAAUAGUAGCUGGUAAGUAUUAUGGUUCGUGGUUGGAAUGUUUUGUGUAAUUCAUAUAUAUAUAUAUAUAUAUUUAUACAUGCCUUUGAGACUUGAAUUUGUAUAAA